AUGGCAUUCCGCGCACCACUCAGGAGGACUAUUGCCACUGCCGCUGCGGCGCGCUCGACUCUGCGCGUCGGCCUGAUCCCUGGAGACGGUAUCGGAAAGGAAGUUAUUCCUGCUGCAAGGCUAGCACUCGAGGCUGUCAGCUCCGAAAUACCUCGGCUCGAAUUCCACGAUCUUGUCGCGGGCUGGGAGUGCUUCACGCGCACAGGCGUCGCAUUGCCUGAGGAGACACUCGAGGUACUCAAAAAUGACUGCGAUGCUGCCUUAUUCGGCGCAGUCAGCUCGCCUACACGCAAGGUAACAGGAUACAGCAGCCCGAUCGUACAGAUGCGCAAGGAGAUGGACCUCUACGCGAAUAUCCGCCCUGUCAAAGCAGUGACAGCCGACCCCGACGCGAAGUCGAAUGUUGACAUGAUUGUCGUCCGCGAAAACACGGAGUGCUUGUAUGUCAAGCAGGAGACGCAGACAACAGGACCGAACGGGAAGGAGGCGCGUGCGACACGGCUUAUCACUGAGCGCGCGAGUCGCCGCAUCGGACAGAUGGCGUUUGAGCUCGCUUUGGCUCGAGAGCGCAAGCUCGUCACGAUCAUCCACAAAAGCAACGUCUUGAGCAUCACAGAUGGGCUCUUCCGUGAGACGGUGCGCUCAGUACCUUCCCUGCCGGAGAGCGCGGGGAAGUAUGACGGCGUCACGAUCCAGGAGCAGAUCGUAGACAGCGCAGUAUACCGCCUCUUCCGUGAGCCCCAGAUUUACGACGUUCUCGUUGCACCAAACCUCUAUGGCGACAUCCUCUCCGACGCCGCCGCAGCACUCGUCGGCUCCCUCGGACUUGUGCCCUCCGUAAACGCAGGCGACGGCUUCGUCAUGGGCGAGCCCGUGCACGGUUCCGCCCCUGACAUUGAGGGCAAGAACCGCGCGAACCCCGUCGCAUCUAUCCGUUCUGCCGCUCUUAUGCUGCGCCACCUUGGCUACGGUGCACCUGCGGAUAAGAUCGAGACGGCUGUGGAUGCCGUGUUGAGGGAGGGCGCGUAUCUGACACCGGAUUUGGGCGGGAAGAGUUCGACGGAUGAGGUUGUCAAUACGAUCCUGAAGCGUAUCUGA